AUGUCUCAAUUCAGAGCCAAACGCCUCGAUCUCGGCUGCUUCAUCAAUGCCCGCGUAAUCCGCGACCACACCAAGCGAAAGGUUUUUGAGCAGUUUGAGCCUGAGAGACAAGCUCUCCGCUACGCAAUCCGAAACACCUCUCUCCCUCAACGUGUGCGCGCCCAGGCCCAGCUCCAACUCGCGCAGAUGCACGCCUAUACUCGCUCGACACAGAUUAAGAAUCGGUGCGUUGCUGGUGGUAUUGCGAGGGGUGUUUUCAGAGACUUCAGACUUGGACGAUAUCAAUUCCGUCAACAGGCGCUGGCGGGUGAGUUGCCGGGUGUUAAGAAGGCGUCGUGGUAG